UGCCACUCCACGCCGCGCGGCUGCUGGGUCCCCGCCGCCUCGGCGGAGACCUUCCUCCGUCUCCGCAGACUUCCGAGAAAACCCAUUAUUUCUACCCACGAAGGUUAGGAGAUUCUGGAAGAGAAGCGUCAGGGGAACAUCCAGGGAUCCUUCUCUUCCAACACGUCGGAUCUCGCCAGGCUCCUUUUCGGGCGGGGGGUGCUGGGGUGAGGGACCCCAUUCCAGCAUCUCCGUGGGGUGUAGGAAUGGAGGAACCCACCUUGGAGCUUAUCAGCAGUGUGGCUUGCCUGGUCUUCCCUUAGGAAUGAAGAGGAGACUUGAGAUACCACGACGAGGUGCGGACAGCCGAAUGGCCGGGAAGCUAUCGCAGGACGUAAACUAGAGAUCGUUGGAGGCGGUCGCGCAGGUUUCCGAAUGUAAUUGAAAGAGGUGUCCCUUUUGAAAAGCACAAAUAUCCUUUAAGAGAAGAGAGAUCGAAUCUUUCUCCCCGCCACCCCCAUUUCUUUGGCCAAAAUUGUGCAAACAGUUGGAUGUGUUGUGCACUUUGUCUAAGAUGAGAACUUGAUGCGGUAUUCCGUCCCAGAGCCUAAAGGAUGACUGCCCCAGCCCUGCUGCCCCUGUCUGGACGUCGGAUACCGCCUCUGAGCCUGGGGCCGCCCUCCUUCCCGCAUCACAGGGCUACCUUACGACUCUCGGAGAAGUUCAUCCUGCUCCUUAUUCUUAGUGCCUUCAUCACCCUGUGUUUUGGGGCAUUCUUCUUCCUGCCAGACUCUUCGAAACACAAACGCUUUGAUCUGGGGUUAGAAGAUGUGUUAAUUCCUCACGUAGAUUCCGGCAAAGGGGCUAAGAACUCUGGAGUCUUCCUGAUCCAUGGACCCGAUCAACACCGGCACAGGGAAGAAGAAGAACGUCUGAGAAAUAAAAUUCGAGCUGAUCAUGAGAAGGCUCUAGAAGAAGCAAAAGAAAAAUUGAGAAAGUCAAAGGAGGAAAUCCAGGCAGAAAUUGAGACGGAGAAAAAUAAAGUAGCCCAAGAAAAGAAGAUGAAAGAAAACAAGUCACUGCCACCUGUGCCCCUUGUAAACAUUGUCGGGAUCAACGGGGGAGACCCAGAAGAUGAUGACAUAAAGCAGAAAAGGGAAAAAAUUAAAGAGAUGAUGAAACAUGCCUGGGAUAACUACAGGGCAUACGGAUGGGGACACAAUGAACUCAGACCUAUUGCAAGGAAAGGACAUUCCACUAACAUAUUUGGAAGUUCGCAAAUGGGUGCUACUAUAGUAGAUGCUUUGGAUACCCUUUAUAUCAUGGGACUUCAUGACGAAUUCCGGGAUGGGCAAAACUGGAUUGAAAAUAACCUUGACUUCAGUGUGAAUUCAGAGGUAUCUGUGUUUGAAGUCAACAUUCGCUUUAUUGGAGGCUUACUUUCUGCAUAUUACCUUUCAGGAGAAGAGAUAUUCAAGACUAAAGCAGUACAGUUGGCUGAGAAACUUCUUCCUGCCUUUAACACACCUACUGGGAUUCCCUGGGCAAUGGUGAAUCUGAAAAGUGGAGUUGGGCGAAACUGGGGCUGGGCCUCUGCAGGUUGCAGCAUCCUGGCUGAAUUUGGUACGCUUCAUAUGGAGUUUGUUCACCUUAGCUACUUGACAGGGAACAUGGUGUACUACAACAAGGUUAUGCAUAUUAGGAAACUACUUCAGAAAAUGGAUCGCCCAAAUGGUCUUUAUCCAAAUUAUUUGAACCCAAGAACAGGACGCUGGGGUCAGUAUCAUUCGUCAGUUGGUGGUCUGGGAGAUAGUUUUUAUGAAUACUUGUUAAAAGCAUGGCUGAUGUCAGAUAAAACAGACCAUGAGGCGAGAAAGAUGUACGAUGACGCUAUUGAGGCUAUAGAAAAACAUCUUAUUAAGAAAUCCCAUGGCGGUCUUGUCUUUAUUGGAGAAUGGAAGAACGGUCACUUGGAAAGGAAGAUGGGGCAUUUGGCCUGCUUUGCUGGGGGAAUGUUUGCUCUAGGAGCGGAUGGUUCCAGAAAGGAUAAAGCUGGUCAUUACUUAGAGCUAGGGGCAGAAAUAGCACGUACAUGUCAUGAGUCAUACGACAGAACUGCGGUAAAGUUAGGUCCCGAGUCCUUUAAAUUUGAUGGUGCGUUGGAGGCUGUGGCUGUCCGGCAGGCUGAAAAGUAUUACAUCCUCCGACCGGAAGUAAUUGAAACCUACUGGUACCUAUGGCGAUUCACUCAUGAUCCCAGAUACAGGCAGUGGGGCUGGGAAGCAGCCCUGGCCAUUGAAAAGCAUUGCCGAGUUCGUGGUGGGUUUUCUGGCAUCAAAGAUGUGUAUUCCUCUACUCCUACACACGAUGAUGUACAGCAGAGCUUCUUUCUUGCUGAAACUCUGAAGUAUUUGUAUCUGCUGUUCUCCAGUGAUGACCUUUUACCUUUAGAUCAUUGGGUGUUUAACACAGAGGCUCACCCGCUGCCUGUGUUAGAGUUAGCCAACACCACACUUUCAGGUAACCCUGCGGUUCGAUGAAAGCAGCUCCAGAAGGACCAUUCUUACCUGUGUUUUGUUUACAUGGACCACUACAGAAAUUAGUCUGGAGAGGCGGCUUUUGAAAACCUGGACCUCUUAAGUCAACACAGCAGGGUGAACCUCUUCCCUGCAAGACUUUCAACAUGUAGAUACAUAAACUUUGAAAUUAUUCCAUUUUAUACUUGACCAAAACAUGCUCUGGUACUUACAGGGCAAAGAGAUGAUUCUGAAAACGGCUUUGAUUCUGAAAACGUGGUCACAUGAGACGCAAUGCUUAUUACUACUAGCUUGUUUUUAGAGUCCUUAAGUGUGGAGGCUACACUUUCUAAGAGCAAACCAAGAAUAUAGAGCACCUUGCAGGAGUUAGAGAUGGCCUGGGGAACCACUUCUGUAUUUGUUUCUUCCCACAAUGGAGCAGCUUUCAAAUAAAUAUUUCCACAUCGUU